CUAAGAUACUGUGUGAAAAAUAUUUUAAAUAAAAUAAAAAAAUUAUGAAAAAAAAAAAAAAUAAAAAGAAUAUCAUGUUCCAGGACACAUUGUUAAUUAUUAAACCUGAUUAUUUGGCAAAACGUAAAGCUCUUCUAUUACAUUUGUUGCAACAAGGAUUCUUUAUAAAGGGUCAACGUAAAAUAUGCUUCUCGCCGGAAUUGGCUGCUGAAUUUUAUCAAGAUCUGGCUGAAGAUCGCGGUUUUAUGAUUCAAGUGAUCUUAUUGUCGAAAGGAAAUUCGGAAGCUUUUAUUUUAGCUAAAGAAUGUGCGGUAGAGGAUUUAAUCAAUGAUAUGGUGUGUUAUUUUAAUACUUCAACAGAAAUGGAACAAAAUAUCCAUGUUACCAAAUGUCUUGCCAACGUUCGAAGAGAAAUUAGUUAUAUUUUUCCCAAUUACAUUCACGAACCCAUUUACUGUCCAGAACAAAUUAAAUUCUGUGAUAACAAUCCUCUUGUUGAGUCUACAAUAAAUACACUAUAUGAUAUUGUAACUAAUUCCGCAAAAGAUCCACACAAAAGUUGGAAAGAGAAAUUAGCGGAAUCUUUAAUUUCGACAAAUACAACUUUACCACACAUUUCCAAUCAAUGUUGUCACAAUUUAAAUCUAAAUGCACAAGAUACUGCUCAACAAACUAAAAUCACUUGCUUUAAACAUGAAAAGGUAGAGAGAAAAGGGUCUCUGUCAUCCGAUUUAGACAUUAGUAGAGAUUGUAGCUCACUUAAUGUUACGACAAGUUCUUGUGUGUCCUGUUCGGCAUUUGAUAGUGAUGCUGAUUGUAUACAACAGACUUUUGAACAGCCAUUUACAGCAAUAAUUAAAGCUCGAACAGCGUCUUUGAAGGUGCAAGAAUCGUCUAGCAGUUCUACAUUAAAAUCGGAACAAGAAGGUGCUUUAGAAGAUUGGAUAACAGAAGAACAUACAGUUGGUGUAGUUGUUAAUGAAAUAGAAGAAGAUAAAAUUGUAGAUGAAGAUUUUAAGGAUGGAGCUGACAAAGAUAAUUUUGUAGCAUUAGAUGUUCCAACAACUGAACAUAUGGAGGCUAAUGAAAUGCCUGAAAUGGAAUCACUUCAAUCAACCAAACCAGAAGAAAAUGCAAUUCAUGUUGCAGAUGAAGAUACAAAUCAACAGGCUGAAGAAGACAACUUACAAUCGCCUAAGGAAAACGCAGUUUCUACUGUAGACGACGAGCAAUCCGGUGGAGAAUUCUCAGCACCAAUAAAGGAAAAUGAUCAUGAUGCUGCAGAAGAUGUUAUUCCAACAAUAUGAUAGAUUUAAUCAAUAUAUAUAUACUAUAUUUAGGAAAUUUUCUGUUUUCAUAAAAAUUAACAAUAUAACCAUACA